CAAAGCGGAAGUAAAGACAGAUAGCCUCGCUCAUUUUUUUUUAGCUGUGCGGUGACAAUUUGAGGCAGUCUUUCUGUUUCAAACUCACUCAUAAUUGUCGCAACGACGCCGAAACAUGGACAGAUAGUGUUUGUUUUAUCGGAUUUACGGAGGUGGUCCCUUUGAAAGAUAAGCUGUCACAUCUGAUCAUCUCACUGGAGACUCUGACACAUAGCAGCAAAGACAAACAACAGUUUUGCUUCCUUUCAAAGUCCAGAGUCCCUACAGUUUUCCAUUGGCCACCAGCAUGGCUAACAGCACCGCAACAGCAGUGAAGGUUGGGACCCCUGGCCCUGCUGGCAGGAGUAGUCCAGAGGGAUCUCAGGUGCUCAGUAAGAAGAAGCUGCAGGACCUGGUGAGAGAGAUCGAUCCGAAUGAGCAGCUGGAUGAGGACGUUGAGGAGAUGCUGCUGCAAAUAGCAGAUGACUUUAUAGAGAGCGUAGUGACAGCGGCCUGUCAGCUGGCUCGCCAUCGCAAAUCCAACACCUUGGAAGUGAAGGAUGUUCAAUUACAUCUUGAGCGCCAGUGGAACAUGUGGAUUCCUGGUUAUGGCUCAGAUGAGAUCCGGCCGUUCAAGAAGGCUUGCACUACAGAAGCUCACAAACAGAGAAUGGCACUGAUCCGCAAGACAACCAAAAAGUAGCAAGACUGUACACCCCCAUGUUGUACCCACUCUGUAUUUUUUUUUUUUCAUUUUGCAGUUUGGAUUUUUUGGACUAAUGAGACAAAGAGAUGGUUUAGGUGUUUUUUUUUUGUUAGACAUAAGUGUUUCAUUGUCAUGUCUCUCUAACUUUCGAGAGUUCUGCCAGCACCAUCACACAAUGAUGUAACUCUUGUCUCUGGUUCUGUUUUGUUGCCAUUAAGCUAAGCCUGGCAGAACUCUUUUCAUUGCAUUUUUGUCAAUAAACAUUUACUGGAA